AUGGCGACUCCAUCCACGUCCCGUGCUGCGUACGACGUUCUCACGCUCCCGAGUCUCGCGACCAUCAUCUUCGCCUAUCAAGGCACUGGCGUCUCCACGUCACUCGCGCUGGCAUUCCAGAAGCACAAGACAGUGCUUCGGCAACUCUUCUCACGGCCCACGAACGUACAUGUGGAGAUCUUCCGCGGCUACGUCCUGUGCAAGCUUAUUGCUGCCAAGGAGGUCCAGUUGGCCCUCGAGCUACUGGCCGCGUUUCCGGAGCGCGACAUGCUCGCACUGCCACCAACCAACAAAAAGUACGUCUACACAAUCGACAACGCCGUGCGCCUGCAAAGCGUUCCGCUGCUGACAAAGCUGCUUGAGCGGGACUUUGGCAAAAGCUCGAAAGCCGCGAUGGACGCGGCGGCGACGGACGGCAACUUGGUCAUGGUGCAGCUGUUGCACGAGUACCGCGACGACGGCUGCACGUACAACGCGCACGUCCUCGCGAUGAGCGAGUUCCCGGCCCUGUCAAGUUUGAACCCAGCGACGUCGCCUUGGGAGCAGCCAUAG